UUGGUGCUUCGGCGUUAGUCGUCAUUCUACUAAAAGAGGGGUUACGCUGAAAAUGGCGGCGUUCUCUGGCGAGAUAUGGAGGAAUGAGCUGCCUAGGCACGGCAUUUUCACUAAAUUACGCGACAAGCUUAAUACGGAGCCCCAGGCCUGCGGCAGGAGAUUUGCCAAAAACCUGACGUUUUGCCUGGACGGUGAUUUUUUUGUGUGGGACGACGUGGACAGUGUGUUUUACACCACCAAUCUGAGGCGACUGAACGCGGAGAGCGCGGAUGGCGCGAGGCACCAGACCCUGCUGUGCAUCAACCCACCCCGGUUUGAUGUGUGUGAGGUGCUGCUCAGCCCCACGCAGUACCAUGUGGCCCUCAUCGGCCGCCGUGGGGCCACGGUCGUGGAGCUGCCCCAGCGAUGGGGCAAGAAGUCAGAGUUCGAGGGGGGGUGCAGCGAGAUCAAUUGCAAGACCAUCCCCGUGGCCGAGCGCUUCUUCACUAGCUCCACCUCCGUCACCCUCCAGCAGGCUGCCUGGUACCCCAGCGAGACAGAGGAGCCCCACUUGGUGCUACUGACAUCUGACAAUACUCUCAGAUUCUACAGCCUGAAAGAGCCUCAGAGCCCAGCGCAGGUGCUGCCUGUGUCCCAGUCUGAUGAAGAGGGGGCCGUUCACACCAGGGGCCGAUCCUAUGCUGCUUCUCUUGGGGAAAUUGCCGUGGCAUUCUCCUUUGGCCCGCCGGUGACCACGGCGCCACGGAGGCCUGUGUCCCACCUCGCCAGGGAGGAGCUGCCUGCAUACCCACUCUACAUCCUGUACGAGAAUGGCGAGACCUACCUGAGCUACGUCAGCCUGGCGCACAGUGGCAGCAGUCUGCGGAAGCCUGGAGGCCCCCUGCCCAUGUACCCCGCAGCUGAGGACAACUACGGCUACGAUGCUUGUGCUGUGGUCUGCCUGCCCUGUGUGCCCAACAUCCUGGUCAUCGCCACAGAAUCGGGUACCCUGUACCACUGUAUCGUACUGGAGGCCGAGGACGAGGAUGAGCACACGGGGAGUGCUACAGGCCAGGGUGAAGCCCAGCGAUGGGCACGGGGCUCAGAGGCUGUGCCCUCGCUUUACGUGUUUGAGUGUGUGGAGUUGGAACUCGCUCUGAAGUUGGCCACCGGGGAGGAGGAGGAGUCAGUGGAGUCGGAUUUCACUUGCCCAAUCAGGCUGCACCAAGAUCCACUUUGCCAGUACCGAUACCACUGUACCCAUGAGGCUGGCGUGCACAGUGUGGGCCUCACUUGGUUCAACAAGCUGCAGAAAUUCCUCCAGUCUGAUGAAGAGGAUAAGGACAGUCUGCAGGAGUUGGCGGCUGAGCAGCGCUGUGUCGUGGAGCACAUCCUUUGCACCCGGCCCCUGAGCAGCAGCCUGUCGGCCCCAAUUCGGGGCUUCUGGAUCGUGUCAGACCUGUCCCUGGGGGCUACCAUGAUCUGCAUAACCAAUGCCUACGAGUGCCUGCUGCUGCCACUGCUGAGUUCCAUCCGGCCCCCUUCCCCUCCCCUGCUCUGCUCACACCCGGGGCCGGCCUCUGGAAGCUCUCCACUGCGCGGGUUGGGCAGCGACACCUUCGAGCAGCACAUCCGCAACAUCCUGGCACGAAGUUCAACGAACCCCCUUCUGCUCAGGUCCGGGGACAAGGAGACGUCUUCUCCACUUCCUCCAGAGUGCCUGCAGCUACUGAGCAGGGCCACGCAGGUAUUCCGGGAGGAAUACAUCCUCAAGCAAGACAUGGCACGGGAGGAGAUGCAGAGAAGGGUGAAGCUGCUGAAUGAACAGAAGAAAAAGCAACUGGCGGAUUUGGCAUUAUGCCGGGAGGAGAGGAAGAGCCUGCGUGAGUCUGCUGAGCGGCUGGCCGAUAAAUACGAAGACGCCCGGUAUCGACAGGAAGCCAUCAUGAACAGGGUGAAGUACCUGCUGGGCAGCCUGUGUCGCCGGUUACCAGUGCUCUCCAAUAGCGAACGGGAUAUGCAGCGCGAGCUACAGGCCAUCAGCGACCAGCUACGCCAUCUAGACAACGGCAUCAAGCAGGUCAACAUGAAGAUGGGGUAUCAGCAGAAGCAGGCGAGAGAGGGUGUGAAGCCCACCAGGGAUAGCAUCGUGCUCAGUGCCCACCAGCGGAAAUGCAUCCAAGGGGUCCUGAAGGAGCAGGGCGAGCACAUCGCGGACAUGAUGAAGCAAAUCAAGGACAUCAAGAAUCAUUUCAGCUUCUGAAGCUUUUCUGUGCUCAGAUCGGAUUCUGCUGCAGGUCCAGACAUAACCCUAACCCAUCUGAAUCUCUGGAGGCGUUUCUGCUGCAGAUCCAGAAGCUUUAGUCCAAACAAAGCCAGUCUCAGCAGCAAUGCUCAAAGAUGAUGGUAGAGACAACUGGCUUUUUAAUGGGUUACCUCAGUGGUGAAAACUAACAUGGUCAUGUUGUCCUGUAAAAAAAGACUUGUAUACAUGCAUUGAAACCUUUUAUAUGUCUACUUAAUUUGAAGAAUAAAGUUCAUGCUGUGAAA